GUAUCAACCUCCGCGCCGCCAGUCUCGUUCGGUGUGUGUUUAUCGACGGUUGUAAUAGCGCGGGUGGAUUUGUCGCGGUGAACGGAGCAUAGCAAACGCAAAGCCGCUCUACAGUGCGUGGAAAGCAAAAGCGUGUGCGUGUGUGUUUUCUUUUCCCUGUCGAGUCCUGUUACCCGUUUAAUAAGAAAAAGGGAAAAGAAACGGGGACAAAUGCGGUGACCGAGAGGAUGUCACGCGAGUGAACCGUGCAAGAAGAGACGCCGUGUUGCGCGGGUGUCCUCGAGAACUCGACUGCAGAUCUCCACAGACCGGUCGACGAAAAUGCGGGCACGAUACGUCGUGGCAGUACUGACUAGCUUACUGGUGGUCACGGACGAGGCGCCGCAGGACAUCAGGCACAAGAUCUACGAUGAACAUCCACGGGAAGCAUACUUCAACGGUUCGUCGUUUCUCAAGCUCGGCUCCUUCGUCUCGGUGCACAGGCACAGCGGUCUCAGCUUUCGAACCUGCGAGGGCGGCCGACUUUUCACCCAGAAGUACAACGAUGACUCUGUCAGUCUCGAAGUGACCCCAGAGGGUCUCCUCUUCGUAGCCGUCGUUGACCAGCAGCGUUACAUAGCGAGGCUGAACGCCAGGUUGCUGAACAAUGCCUGGCACAACGUCAAUCUAUUUUUCAGACUCGGCAAUCUCACUCUAAACGCAGCAGGUCAUACACAGGUAAUCGCUAACGCGACUUACAAUGCUGCGAUUCUUACGCUUCCUGAUUACGACAUGAACGAUUCCCUGAUUGUCGGAGAAGGAUUCAAGGGAUGUAUCCUGCAAGGUCCUGGUAUUCUUUUUAACGGUUCCAUCAAUAAUGGAGCUGCCUUUGGUCCCUGUCCUGCGGAUAACAAAGGAUGUGGUACGAGCGGACUCGGAGGUGGUAUAGGAACAAGCCCAAUUACCACCAUGGAUUUCUGCCAUCACGAGCCAUGCAUGAUGCAUGGCAAAUGCGUGUCACGGCAGGAUCGUUAUGAGUGCCACUGUUACGCCCGAUAUUCCGGGAACAACUGUCAAAUUGACAAUGGUCCACCGUGUGCGAACAACCCGUGUCGGAACGGCGGCACGUGCAACGAGGACCAGAAAGGAGACUUCAGCUGUACUUGCAAACCAGGAUUCACCGGAACAUUCUGCGAAUCGCAGCUAGGCGUGCGUCUUUGCGAGCAGAGUCCCUGCAGAAACGACGGUGUGUGCUUGGCGCUCACCGACACCGAGUACAAGUGCGAAUGCUUGCCCGGAUGGACGGGGAAGAAUUGCGAGACCAACUUCAACGAGUGCUCCUCGAAUCCAUGCAGGAACGGCGGGGCGUGCAUCGACGGUAUCAAUAACUAUACCUGCAUAUGCGAUAGAACUGGGUACGAAGGCGUAAAUUGCGACAUCGAUAUAGACGAGUGCCUGGCGAACCCAUGUCUGAAUAACGGUGUGUGCUUUGACAAUUAUGGUGGUUACAUUUGCCAUUGCCCGAGCGGUUUCGAGGGCCAGAACUGUGAACUGAAUUUGAACGAGUGCCUGACGAAUCCGUGUAUGCACGGCGGCGACUGCGUGGACGAAGUGGGCUCCUAUCAUUGCACUUGUCCACCUGGAUACACCGGUCGAAACUGCGAUCUCAGGAGCUUAUGCGAGAACGCAGCGUGUCCACUGAAUAGCAUUUGCGUGGAAGACGCUCACGGCCCGCAAUGCGUCUGUAAUCCUGGAUUCAUGGGCAAUCCUCCAAAUUGCACUAUCAAUUACUGCGCGAGCAAUCCGUGCGAGAAUGGGGGUACCUGCACGAGCAACAAGGACGGUUACAACUGUACUUGUCCACCGGAACGAAAAGGAGCGACGUGUCUGUCAUCCGCAUCGGAUUGGUGUUCCGCCUGUUACAACGGUGGCAGUUGUCUUGAGACGCGUUUCGGUAUCAUGUGUCAAUGCCCCAGAUUCUGGACGGGACCACAAUGCAAGGAUCCGAUCACCUGUCGCGAUCUUCCUUGUAAACAAGCUUCCGCUUGCCACGAUUAUCCUGGCGGCUAUUAUUGCACCUGCGAGCCAGGAUGGACCGGACCCGAGUGCUCCAUCGACAUCGACGAAUGCUCCAGCGAUCCCUGUCGUAACGGCGGCAUCUGCAUCGAUCAGCAAAAUAGUUACUACUGUCAAUGUCUUCCGGGAUACACUGGGAAGACCUGCCAGAUCAACGUGGACGAGUGCUUGUCGCAACCUUGUCAGAACGGUGGCACCUGCAUCGACAGGAUCAACGGAUACACUUGCAACUGCACCAAGGAUUACAUGGAUGAAAAUUGCGAACGAGAGUACAACGCCUGCGCGAUAAAUCCCUGCCAGAACAACGGAAACUGCACUCUCAUACCAAGAUCGCGACGAGAAUUCGUGUGCGAGUGUCCGAGAGGAUUCGAGGGCAAGACAUGCGACAUCAACGUGGACGACUGCGUGGACGUCAUAUGCCCCGACGGGAAAGUUUGCGUCGACGGAAUCGCUGGAUACGAGUGCAAAUGUCGCGAGGGUUACAGGGACCCCAAUUGCACCCUUAUCGUUGAUCACUGCGCGACGAAACCUUGCAACAACGGCAAGUGUAUCGAUCGCGGUGAACUUGGUUUCGACUGCAACUGCACGAACGGUUACCAAGGGAAACUCUGCGACGAGGAUGUGGACGAAUGCGAGGUCGAAGGCAGCUCACUGUGCAACUACGGGAUCUGCGUGAACACCGACGGCAGCUACAACUGUUUCUGUCGGCCAGGCUUCUCCGGGGACCAUUGCGACAUCAACAUCGACGAGUGCUUGUGCGGACCCUGCAAGAACAACGCCACGUGUAUCGACGGCAUCAACACAUUCGAGUGUCAAUGUCCACCUGGUUAUUCCGGGAAAACCUGCGACGUGGACGUGAACGAAUGCGAGAGCAAUCCUUGUCUAAACGAUGCUUCGUGUGUCGACGAGGUCGCCGGCUACAUGUGCAAUUGUUCCCCUGGUUUCAGUGGGUCGAAUUGCGAGAUAAAUAUCGACGAUUGCGAGCCCCAACCGUGCUUGAAUCACGGCAGAUGCAUCGACGGUAUAAACAAUUACACCUGCGACUGUAUCGACACUGGCUUCGAAGGUGCACGCUGCGAAAAGAAUAUCGACGACUGUCGCUCGGAACCUUGCGUGAACGGUGCGCUCUGUAUAGACGACAUUAAAAAUUACAAGUGCCAGUGUUACGCUGGGUACACUGGAAAAAACUGUGAAGUGGAUAUAAACGAGUGCGAGAACUCACCUUGCCAGUACAACGGCACUUGUUUAGAGAGAUCGAACAGAGAAUUGUAUAAGAGCGACUCGUUAACGUUACCUUCGAUAUUUAAUCAAGAGUUUAGCUACGCUAAUGCGAGCGGGUACGAGUGUCUGUGCGUGCAAGGUGUUACGGGGAAAAAUUGCGAAGUAAAUGUUAACGAAUGCGAUAGCAGCCCAUGCCAAGCGGGAACCUGCGUAGAUCGUAUCGGUGGCUACACCUGCGAAUGCGACGAGGGUUAUGAGGGCGAUCAUUGCCAGCACGAUAUCGACGAAUGCACAAGAUACCAGCCAUGCGAGCACGGUGGAUGCAUCGAUGGAAGAGCCGAUUAUACUUGCACUUGUGAUCCGGGAUAUGGCGGGAAAAACUGUUCUGUGGAGCUCAUCGGUUGUCAAGGAAACGCAUGUCAAAACGGUGGUACUUGUUGGCCGUAUCUUGUUGACGAGACUAUACACAAAUUCAAUUGUACCUGCCCGAACGGAUACCAUGGGGAAAUCUGUGAUUAUAUAACGACAAUGUCCUUGAGUGGGAGUUCCUACGUUCUGGUGAACACUACCCGCGACGAAGGAUACGACAUACAGUUUCGGUUUCGGACAACCCUGCCCAACGGAUUGCUCGCUAUCGGGAAAGGAUCGACGUUUUACAUUCUCGAACUUGUAAACGGCAAAUUAAAUCUACACUCGAGCCUCCUAAACAAAUGGGAAGGCGUGUUCAUCGGUAGCGGUUUAAACGAUUCCAAUUGGCAGAAAGUGUUUGUUGCGAUCAACGCUACGCACUUGGUACUCUCAGCCAACGAAGAACAGACGAUUUAUCCUAUUAGCUUGAACGAGGCUUCUAAUUCUAAUCACACGUCCUUUCCAAUGACCUACGUCGGCGGUACCACUAGCUACUUGCGACAAUUGAGCCAUGGUCCUUCUUUCUUUGUGGGCUGCACCGAGGAUGUCGUUAUUAACGGAGAGUGGGUGUACUCUGGUACCUCGUUGAAGACUGUGUCCAUGGAGGACGUUGAACCAGGUUGUCCUCGAGAGGCUCAAUGUACCCCGAAUCCUUGUAAGAACGGUGGUCACUGCACGGACAGAUGGCGUGAUUUUUCCUGCAAAUGCGAGCGACCAUACCUCGGUCACACCUGCCAAUAUAAUAUGACAGCUGCCACGUUCGGAUACGAGAACAUUACGAAUGGAUACGUGACAGUGAAAGUGUCCGACGUUGCAAGACGGUCGGUCAGAUCAAUCGUCGAUAUUUCCAUGUUUAUUCGCACGAGGCAGGACAGAGGUGACAUAUUCUAUUUAGGAUCGGAACCAAGUUCGCAGACGGAUUUCAAGCCCCAGGAAAAAACUUACAUAGCAGCCCAGUUGGAAGGUGGCGAGCUGCUUGUUAGAAUUCAGUUCAACGGCACAGAAGCGUAUACAGUCGGUGGCGUGAAACUAAACGACGGGAACAAUCAUCUGAUACAAGUGAUCAGAAACGUUACGUUGGUGCAAGUAAGAAUUAAUGGCACCGAGUAUUUCCGAAAAACCAUCAGCGCGUCGGGUCAAUUGAACGUGACAGUCCUGUAUUUGGGUGGCUUGCCACAAGCGUCUAGGUACAUACGACAAGUCGACAAUCGUCAAAUAGACGUACCACAAGCUCCGCAGGUUAAUUUCAAAGGGAUUAUUCAAGAUGUCCAGAUAUCGAAUGACAUUGAAACUAUGGUCGUCGAAUUCUUCCCGUUAAAGGCAAACGACAUUCCACCGCCAAUACAGUUUGGUAACGUAACCUUCGACUACGACAAAGUCCUCGAGGGUGUAAUCUCCGACAACGUCUGCGUGAGCAGUCCGUGCAACCACAACGGUACCUGUCACGUCACAUGGAACGACUUCUGGUGCCAAUGUCCGCGGGGCUAUACCGGGAAGACUUGCCAGGAAAUGGAAUUCUGCCAACUGCAAGAUUGCCCGACCGGAUCCAAGUGUCAAAAUCUCGACGACGGCUACGAAUGCAUCGCCAAUGCCACCUUCGACGGAGUAACGACGUCCUUCACUUACGUUUACAAUCAGGUGGAGGAGAAGAACGUAACCGACUCGUCGAUCGAUGGCAUCCAAAUUAAAUAUCGAUCAAACACAGGUGGCACCCUGAUGCACAUCGCGCCCCACGUUGGCGACCAGCACUUCACGGUUUCCGUUUACAAAGACAAGAUUACGGUUUCCUGGCGCUUGGAUAUGCAAAAUCAAGGGACGCUGAACUUUGCUAAAGUCGAAGCCGACGGAAACUGGUCGUCCAUAGUAUUGAAAUUAAACAACAAUUCCAUGGAGUGCGGGUAUGCAAAUUAUAACGAGGAGAGCGCGUGGUACGUCUCCCCAAACUUCAGUUUCUCUCUGUGGUAUGAUUUACUGGUAACUGGAACGGUCACCCUGGGUGGGCUAGGUUCCACUUUCUCCGACAGACACAAUUACGUGACCGUCGGUUCUAGUAAACAGAUGUUAGAGAAUAGAAGCGGCAUUCAAGAUAAUUCUAUAGAGUUCGCCGAACGUAUAUUGACCACUGUCUCGCCACCUCACAGUGUAAUGUCAGGCGAAGCUUUCAAAGGAUGUUUGGGCGAAGUACGAAUUGGCAGCAUGCUGCUACAUUACUUCACAUAUGAAGAGGUUUAUCAGAACGCUAAUUUUACGCCCCUUGAAUACUUGGCGCUACAGGAAAAUAACUCGACCCAUCACGAGAGUAUCGGUUGUCAACUUUGCUUCGACGUAGAUUGCAAAAAUGGCGGUUACUGUCUUGACAAAGCAAAUAGUUACGUCUGCGAAUGCCCACCGGGUUACACGGAAGAAGACUGUUCUUUUAACAUUGACGAGUGUAUCGACAAUAAAUGUGAAAACGAAGCGACAUGUGUGGACGGAAUUGCUAAUUACACCUGCGUGUGCAACAGUGGCUGGCAAGGAUGGCUAUGCGACGAUGACAUAAACGAGUGCCUACUUCUCAGUCCUUGUCAGCACGACGGAGUGUGCUUGAAUGAUCGUGGAUCCUUUCACUGCGAAUGUCCAGAUCAAUUUACCGGCGAGCUGUGCCAGAAUUUCCGUUUAAUUACAUGCGAAAACAAACCUUGCAAUCAUGGCGUUUGCACGGACGUCGUGAAUUCUAAGACUGGUGACAAUUUCACUUGCACCUGUACGACUGGUUACGAAGGUUCAAUUUGUGACGUUCCUUACUGCGAAGUGUCGGGGCGAAAAUGUCAAAAUGGUGGUAGAUGCGACUCCAUGUAUCAGGCACCUAGAUGUAUAUGUCUACCUGGUUACUCUGGACUAUAUUGCGAAAUUAAUAUUGAUGACUGCGCACCAGAUGCUGACGGAAAUACACCAUGUAAAAACGAUGGAAAGUGUUACGACGGCGUAAACAAUUUCACCUGUGACUGUAGCGAUACUGGCUAUACCGGAGGCGAUUGUUCUUACGAUAUAGACGAAUGCCGGGAUUCAACGACAGACUGUGGUCACGGUCGAUGUGAAAAUUUACCAGGGACUUACCAGUGCAUUUGUGAUCCGGGUUAUUGCGGAUACAAUUGCGGAAUGGUGAAUCCUUGUAGAGGGGAUUACUGCCAGAAUGGUGGUACGUGUAAAUGUAGCGAUGACGGUGGUUACAAAUGUCUAUGCACACCGGAAUAUACCGGACAAAAUUGCACAGAGACGGAGCACUUCUUGGGAAGCCAAGCAUUCGAUAUAGCUGUGAUCGUUGGCCCUAUCGUCGGAUGUCUCUUCCUCAUCGCAGCCGGCUCUUUAAUCGCAUUGUUUAUGAUGGCUAGGAAGAAACGAGCAACCAGGGGAACUUAUAGUCCUAGUGCUCAAGAGUUUAGUAAUCCGCGUGUAGAGAUGGACAACGUGAUGAAGCCGCCGCCUGAGGAGAGAUUAAUCUAAAAAGAAAAAACGUUCGCGACGAGGGGGGCAAGUUACGGUUGUUCCGCGUCGACAAAUCCUAGUCUUUUGAGAAUACGCGCAUUUUGCAGUGUUUAUCUAUGGGAAUUGCGUUAUCUAUCGAACCGUCCUCUCGAUAAAACUGCUUUCGAACAGCAAGUAAGAAGGGUACCAUGAAAAUGACCGAAUACACAGACUUCACCCACCAGGAUUCACUGAAACUAGUUUUGAUUGACCGCGAUACACAUUCUCUACGUUUAAUUAUGAUGAGCGUUUAAUUAAAACAUUUAUCUACUGUAAUGUAUGUAAUUGUCCAUGGCAAAAAUGUGUAUCGCGGUCAAUAUUUGCGUCGAUUAAAACUGGUGUCGGUCAUCAUUACUGUCGAUGAAUUCUGAUCGGUGAAAUGUCAGCGUUGGUCAUUUCCAUGGGGUCCAGUAAGAAAAUAAUAAGGUUUCAUCGCGUUUUCUAGUCCACGCUUCUGAUCACCAUGUUAUCAGAUUGUCCUAAGGAAUUAACAUGUUCGCUACCAUCGCAUAUGCGUGACGCGCUGAUUCUCGUGAAAGACCAACGUUAUGUAUAUGUUGCAGCGAUGAGUUUUAUAUUCCAUGUCUUCAUAAGUAAGUGCAGCACAGUCAAACCUCGAGGAAGAAAAAUGAAAAUUGUUUCAAGGUAUAGAGGUUUCGACUUGCAGAGGUAAGCAGGUUUUUCAUACAGGGGUAUCUAAGGAACCAAAUGCAGUGACAACUGUAAGGUCAAAUUCAAAAUACAAUACUAUUUUUAUUGUACUCAACACAUUCGCGAUCAGCAGAUUUUUCACGUUUCUAUUACUGAGCACCGGCGAAAAUAAUGAAAUUCUGAAGCUGGUUGAUGCAAACGUGUAUCGUUAGGGCGAAGAUAAAAAUUACAAAACGUUUUGAAUCAUCAAUGUUGUAAAUAUAAAUUUAAAAUAAAAAGAUUUUCAUAAUACGUACACUUACUUUUAAGGUAGAUAAUAGACAACCAGGAAUAGAAUUUGAAAUGACGUGAAUUCACGUCAGCGAUCGCGAAUGUGUUAAGUUCAAAGUUGUUCCAACUGACCGAAAGUGCUUACUGACAAUGACUGAUGAUUAAAGUGAUGUAUUGUGAUUAGUUAUCUUUGAUUAUGAUAAAUUUUAUUUUAAUAGAAUUGUUGAAUAAUUUUGGUUGACCGAGUAAGAGGAAUAAGAUGUAUAAGAUAUUCGAGUAAAUUUUGAACAGAUUCAGUACUGAUAUCAAUGAAUUUAUUAUGUAAUGUAUGUCUCAAUGUACUUCACUUAUCAAAUCAAUAACGUUAUCGAUUUUUUACUAGUGCAGAGAUAGAAAAAGUAGCAUAGUGCAACACAAAAUAUAGAAGGCAGAAACAAAUUAUAAAAAUCAAUGAAUUAUGUUUCGAAUUGUAGAGAUGAAGCAGCUGUGUGCACAACUUUGAGUCAACUUUUAUUUUUUUAGCUAUCGAGGAUUUACAUAGGGAAAUGAGUAAAGCUUCCACUUAUAGAGGCUUUGUAUUUAAAAAUAUUUCAAUUAUAGAAAUUGGAGUGUAUGAACUAGCGUCACAUUGUUCAAAAUGAUCUGGGUGACAUAUUAUUUGAAGCAGUCAAUUAGCCUAUUAUUAAUUUAGUACAUUUUAUUUGCACAAUUAAAAAAAACCAUAUACUGCAUUAACCCAUUCAAGCUUGAUAGAGACAUAGGUAUACAUAAUAUGUUAAAGUUAGUAAUUUUGUGUUGCAUAAUGUUUAUUUGCACAUACUUUUAUUAUGUAUACAUGCAUGCUAAUGAAAUUAUGCAAUGAUCUUUUGCUAAAUAUUUUACACUGGAUUUCUACAACUUGUCUCUAACUGUUUAAAAAUAAAUUAUUAUUUAAACGAAACUAGACUGAAAGGGUUAACUAAAACUACUACAAAUGUUGCUUAAACUGUGGUUUGCCAAUUGAAUGGUGGUAGCGAACUUGUUAAGUAAACAUUGCCAGAUACGAUAACUAAUCUCGAAGAGUCCAAGACAGGCGCUAAAAAUGAAACACGUUAGGGCUAUCAUCGUAAUCCAGUGUUGGGCACAAUGUAAUCCAUGAUGAACGAUCAACGAAAAAUCAGUAAUUACGAUUACUGAAUAACAAAUAAUUAAUUACCUCUGAAAAGUUACAAAUUGCAAAAGUAGUUUACGAUAACUAAAUCUGACAACUGUGAGUGAUUAUUGCAAAAAAUAAUCACCAAAUAACCACUGCCCAACCCUGUCGUAAUCGCAGCUUCGGUAUCAAAGAAUUAUCGAAUAAGCGUUAAAUCGAUCUAUUGUGUAAUAAUUCGUCGUAAAAACGAUUUUUUCAAAUGUUCACAUGAAAGAGGAUAAUGUAUUGGCACGUUUGCAUAUCGGCCAUGCAAGUGAUUUGGACGAAAAUCGUGUAUUUACACAAAGUGUACUUAAAUCUCCAUUAAGUGUCCUUAACAAACAAGCAAUACUCGAGAGAAGCUCCUAAGCAACGAGACCCGUCCAUUUUAGUGCCUAAUUUACCCUACUUAAAAAGAGAUUUUAUUUAUAAGCAGUGAAUACGAAACAUUGAAGAUGUACGCAUUCCAGAAACGCGUUAAACUCGAGUGCGUAUAUUUGAGAUCUCUCAAGCAUAAUAGUAUUCAUUAUUCUUAUUCUGCUCAUUAGAUUCAAGGCAGCUGAUGCGGAUACGUUAUGAAUUAUUAUAGUGCAGUUAUGUUAACGAUUAUAUUGCGAAUAUAUCGGAACCUUGUUUGUAAAAAAAAGAUGUCGUUGAUGUUGUUUAUCAUGACUUACACAGUACUUAUCGUCGGUGCGUUUCUACGUUUCACAGUAUCGCCGCACUUGUUAAUUUUGUACAUAAACUAGAUUAUAAGUUGAAGAAAUUAUUAACGACUCUACCAAUAGCGUUUUAUAUAAAUAUAGUAUUUAAUAACGAAUAUUAUUUGGUACGUAAUUAUUUACUACCGCGACCAAAGUAAUAGCGAGAGUUUUUCUCAUCUGUUAAUAUGAUUGAUAUAGAGCUGUUACUGAUGAAAAUAUCAUCUUUCAAUAGUAAUUAGCAUGUUGAUAAUUGUAGCUAAUAGUUAUAAUUCUUUGAGGAAACAGAUGACCUGACGUAUCAUUAUUAAUACUAUUAAUACUUUUAAAUACAUCAACAUCGACUUACUGUUUAUCCGAUGUAUGGAGUUUAAAUUAAUGCCAGUACGUAUUCACUGUAUCGAACGUUACAGAAGCAAAAUUUGUUAUCAACAAAUACAUAGAGGUUGACGUGUACCGAGUAUGCUUAAUAUUUAAUUAAUAUAUUCGAUGAAUUGGCAUUAUACUUUAUGUAAAACAUACUGUGUAGUGUAAUGUGGUAUCAAUCAGAAGCAUACGCAAAAUUUAUUACGGCA